AUGGCCGAGAUCGAGGGAAAUACUGUAUAUCGUUCACCAAACAACAGGUCGCACGCGAUGGCUAUGUCGCGGGAGACGUCGCCACGCUCUUCGGACAAUUUCAAUCACGCUACAGGCAUGCUACUGGCCCUCAAAAACCCGGUUAAGGUUGAGGGCCAUACGUGGUGCUCGAUAAAAUUGAUUCGAUUUAAAGUAUGGGUACGCGGGGUAAAGCCUAUCAAUCUUAAUACAACAGACAGUAACUUGGUCGCGUCCGGGACUUUAUAUCCCGUAGAAGACAUGGAUGCGGUACAUGUCAUGAUUCAGAAGGGUGUUCGGGUGGUUAGGGAGCAGCUCAUCGAUCUGUCUCAGAUAAUCAACCCUAAUAUCGAUGACAAUGCUAUGCGAGCACCCCCCUUUAUCCUCCACAACAGUGAAAUUGUCACUACGGUUGCGGGGGCUAUGUCCGAAACAGCCCACCGUCGCUACAUGGCGUGGUAUACGCAGCAGCGUGUAAUCGAACUCGCCAAGCAUGAUCCCCAUGCUGCGCAGGACUACUCACAGGAGCUUCCAGCCUUUCAUAUGACCCUUCAACCGCGCCUCAAGCGCAGUGCACAGGUCAAGUUUAUUGCCAAUUCAGAUCAGCUUGAGACCCCUGGACUAGAUGUGGGCCACAGGUGUCUAAGACUCAAUUUGAGUGCAUCAUGGGAAUCGGGAUACAUAACCUCGGGCAAGAACGAUGAUGCUACCUUACACCUUGGUGGCAAGCAGAUUCGCCGAGAGGGAUACUUUAUCAAGCCAACAAUUUUCAUGGAGUGCCAGCCCGACAUGACAAUCGUCAGAGAAGAAAUAUUUGGCUCUGUCAUGUGCAUCAUGAAGUUCAACACCGAAGAUGAGGUUGUUGAACAGGCUACAUAUGAUACGUCAUACAGACUUGCUGUAUCAGUGUUUACCAAAGAUAUCGACAGAGCAAUUCGCGUUGCACAUGCUCUCGAAGCCGGCGCUGCAUGGAUAAAUUGCGCCAACCAGACUGAAAUAUCGAUGCCAUUUGGAGGCUUCAAGCAGUCAGAGAUAAGUCGUGAACUGAGCGAGUACGCUUUGGAAAAGUAA